AGCACGAGGAGAAGACGCCUGUUCGUCAUGGUCCGGUUCAAAGUUGACGGCUUGGAUGUGUUCUUCCCCUAUGAAUAUGUCUAUCCCGAGCAGUGAGUGCGCCGACGCACACACCACAGGACAGACACGCCUGCAGCAGGCGCACACACAGAUCCACACACACGCACACACAAGCGGCCUCAUCCCUCUGUGUGUGCAGGUACCAGUAUAUGUACCACCUCAAGCAGACGCUCGACGCGCAGGGCCACGCCGUGCUGGAGAUGCCCACCGGCACCGGCAAGACCGUGGCCCUCUUCUCCCUCAUCACCUCAUACCAGCUGGCGCAUCCCGCUACCGGCAAGCUCAUCUACUGCACCCGAACAGUUCCCGAGAUGGAGAAGGCCCUCGAGGAGCUGCGACUCGUCACCCGCUACCGCGUUAGCGAGCUGGCCAAGGACCGCUCUGCAGCUGAGGACCACCAGAUGCCUGACGCCGGUUCUGCUGCUGCUGCCGCUGCAGCCAGUGGUGGUGCUGGUGCUGCUGCGGGACCAUCGAAGGACAAGUCGAUGUCCAAGGGUCACAUUCUGGCCAUCGGUAUGAGCGCCCGGCGGAACAUGUGUGUGCAUCCGUCGGUGAGCCAGGAGGCCGACCGCGAUAAGGUGGACGAGCGGUGCCGGCAGCUGACGGCGCCCUGGGUGCGGCAGUCGGUGCUUGAGAAGGAGGGCAACCACGAGCUGUGCGACUUUUACGAGAGCUUUGAGCGGCACGGCGCGACCACUCUGGUGCCGCCGGGGGUGUACACCAUCGAGGACCUCAAGACGAUGGGCGCCAAGGCCAACGAGCCCUUCUGCCCCUACUUUGCUGCGAGAAGGCUGCUGCAGACGGCCAACGUGGUGGUGCUCAACUACCAGUACGUCCUCGACCCCAAAGUCUCACAGGUAGGAGGAGACGAACGCACCAGCCGCCAUCGAUCUCAUUCAUGCACUGCAUUGAUCAAUCUCGUUGCUCGGGUGGUGCUGCUGACGUCAGGCGGCCCUUCUGGGCACUGGUGUGGGCCGCGCGCCGCCCAGCUAUGCGGGGGCGGCGUCGGCCGGUGCGCAGACGUCGGCCAAGUCGUUUGCGGCGAACAAAGAGCCGAGCAUCAUUGUGUUUGACGAGGCGCACAACAUCGACAACGUGUGCAUCGAGGCCCUGAGCGUCAACCUCAAUCGACAGACGCUCGAGGCGUCCAGCAAGAACCUGACCAAACUGAUGGACCAAAUCGAAGAGUGAGUGAGCGUGGGGGAGAGAGAACGUGAUGCUUAUGCCCGUGGGUGUGCAUGUGGGUGUGGUGUGGUCUGUUGUGGUGUAGGGUGAAGAGGGUGGACCAGCAGCGCCUGCAGGACGAGUAUCAGCGGCUGGUUGGCGGGCUGCGGGACGCCGGGCAGAUCGAUGCCGACAUGUUUGAGCACCUCGCAAACCCUCUCCUCCCAGACGACAUUGCUAAAGACGUACGUACGGCAACCACCCACACCCACACCCACACAGACAUCUCUCUCUCUCUCUCUGUGUGAUAUGUCAUAUGGUGGGUGCAGGUCAUCCCGGGCAACAUCCGUCGUGCGGAGCAUUUCGUGAGUCUGAUGCGGAAGGUGGUGCUGUACCUGAAGACGUACAUCCGGGUGUUUGAGGUGCAGUCGGAGGGACCCCUGUCCUUCCUGCACAAACUGGAGCAGGAGACAUCCAUCGAGGCGAAGACACUCAAGUUCUGCUACGAGCGGCUCAGGUAUGGAUGGAUGGCCACUUUGGGUGGGCACACAGGCAGACAGACGAAGAGAAGGCAUCAGUGUCAGUGGAUGCAUGCAUGGAUGGAUGGCUGACUGUGUGGUGCAGGUCGUUGCUGAACACUGUGCGCGUGACCAAUCUUGACGAGUUCACGCCCCUCACCCUCGUGGCCGACUUCUGCACACUCGUCGGCACCUACUGGUCCGCCACCAGCACCAGCACCUCACACAAGACACAGACAGACAGGCGGUGCUCUCUCUUCCAUGUGUGGACGUGUGGAUGUGUGGUUGCAGGGAUGGGUUCAUCGUGAUAACAGACCCAUGGCCUGAGGCGACGGGCAUCUACGACCCAUUGCUGCAGCUGAGCUGCCUCGACUCGUCCCUCGCCAUGCAGCCGGUCCUCAAGAGGUACCAGUCUGUCAUACUCACCUCGGGCACCAUCUCGCCGCUGGAGCUCUACCCCAAGAUUCUCAACUUUCAGGUAUGUAUCGAUGUGUGAUGUGUGAUGUGUGAUGUGUGUGUGUGUGUGUGUGGCCGCUUGCACCAGGGCUGGCUAAUGUGGGUGUUGUCUUGUGCUCGUGCGUGUAGCCUGUGUUGACGGAGUCGUUUCCCAUGUCGCUGGACCGCGACUGUUUCUGCCCGCUGAUCGUUUCCAGAGGGGCCGACCAGGUGCCACAUGUCAGCCAAGGGGAAUGUUGACAAUAGCCUGCAUGGACCAUCAUGCCUGUGUGUGGUGUGUGUGUGUGUGUGUGUGUGUGUGCAGGUUCAGCUGUCAUCCAAGUUCGAGUUGCGCAACGACCAGUCUGUUGUGCGCAACUACGGCUCGCUGCUCAUCGACCUCGUCAAGACGGUUCCUGAUGGGAUGGUCUGCUUCUUCACCUCCUACGCUUACAUGGAACAAGUCGUCGCACAAUGGUAAGUUAAGUACGUUCAGCUUGGUCACCUCACCCGACACACACACCGGACGGACAGCCGUGCCAAGAAACAGACACGUGUUGUCUCUCUCCCCCUGUGUGUGUGUGUGUGUGUGUGUGUAGGUAUGAGAUGGGCAUCAUGACUGAGGUCAUGUCGCACAAGCUCAUCUUCCUGGAGACCAAAGACGUCGUCUCGACCACACUGGCGCUACACAACUUCAGGUGCGGUGCGUCACGUCGACAGACACCCACCAGACAGACACACAGCACACCACACCACACCACCUCCGCUUCUCUGUCUGUCUGUCGGUCUGUCGGUCUGUCAGGCGAGCCUGUGACAGCGGCCGCGGUGCGGUGUUCUUUUCGAUUGCCCGCGGCAAAGUGGCCGAGGGCAUCGAUUUCGACCGUCACUACGGGCGGUGUGUGGUGCUGUUUGGGGUGCCCUUCCAGUACACCUUGAGCAGAAUCCUCAAGGCCCGGCUGGACUUCAUGCGAGAGCACUUCCAGAUUCAGGAGGGCGAGUUCCUGACCUUUGACGCUAUGCGGCAGGCGGCCCAGUGUGUGGGGCGGAUUAUUCGGUCCAAGAGUGACUACGGCAUUAUGAUCUUCGCCGACUCCCGCUACAGCCGCCAGGACAAGCGCACCAAGCUGCCCCCGUGGAUUCUCAAACACAUGCAGGCCGCCAACAUGUCGCUCUCAUCCGACGUCGCCGUAAGCAAACACAGACAUUCAUCGGGUGUGUGUGCUGUCGGACAGCCCAUCUCGUACUCUGUGUGUGUGUGUGUGUGUGUGUGUGUGCAGAUCGGUGUGGCCAAGACGUUCCUGCGUCAGAUGUCGCAGCCCUACAGGGUGACCAACGCCUCCCGGCUCGACGCCAAGGCGGUGCACGCCCUGGAGGCCAAGUGCAGAGAGAUGGUCAAGUCAGCAUUCCUCAAGCAACACGGUGCCACAACCACUGAUGCCAAGAUGGAGGAAAGCGACAAGCCGUUUACCGACAAGGCAGAAGAUAAUACGACUGCGACGGGCAGUGCCGCUGAGGGCGGUGCUGCUGCGUCGAGUGAGCGCCCGGCGAAGCGUGUCAAAGUGGAGGAGCUAUAGAGAGAGAGAGAGAAGAGGGCACGGGCAGUGCUGUCUGCAGUGCAGUUGCCUUGUACAUAGCAGAGAGGGAGGCACAUGUGCGUGGGUGUGUUGCUUGAUGUCUCCAUUGCCGUUGUCUUCGUCAGCUCCUCACCCUCACUGCCAAGAGAGGGCGAGGAGAUACCGAAGACGAGGCGAAUGACGGCAUGAGGGAACACACCAGCACAGACAGAGCGACUGACUGUUGGCAGAGGAAAUACAUGCGCUUCGUGUCCAUCUACAGUGAUCGUAAGGCUGGACACUGCCUGCCUAUCUUGUGUCUGUCUGUCUUGUGACGUCUCCAUUUCGUGUGGCUGUGGCUGUGGCUGUGGCUGUGGCUUGUGUGCCUUCUCUCGCGCCUUCUCAUCCUAUGUUCUUGGCCACCUUGGCCGUGACAAUGUGCUGUGGACAGACACAUGAUUACUGCCAAGGGGGUCGGAGGGCUAAUGAGGAAGAGGCGGGGGCACAGAAGGGAAGCAACAGCACAGCUGGCGGAGAAAGAGCGGGAAGUGCCAUGUGUGAAUCUGCAUUAACC